AUGUCAUCCAUCUUUGCUUCUACCAUUUGCCUACUCCUUUUGACGCUUCAGUAUGCUGGUGCUGAAUCCUUCAUCAGUCAGUCUGUUGCAACUGGACAAUUUGGCCUGUUGAAUGCCACAAUGGUUCAAUACAACGUUGCUAGCCUUUUGGCCCUUCUUGGUGGUUCAAAGAUUACCAUUUUUGGACCUACCGAUGCUGCCUUGACAGCGGCAGGUAUUACCGAUCCUUCAUCCUUGUCCGAACCCGUACUCUUGCGUCAUGGCGUUGUGGGGCAGUACACCGCUGCAACCAUUGCCACCAAGGCAUGUCAUGACCUCACCAGUUUGAGUCAAACCUCCUUGACUGUCAUGACGGCUGCAGAUGGAAGUAUUACCGUCAAUGGUGUUGCCGUGAACGCUACGUAUGCUGACAUUGUUGGUGACGAAGGCGUCUUUCAUGGAAUUAAUGGUAUCAUUCCAGCUUCAUACCCAGCUUGUCCCACUGAGGCUCCAGCACCAACCGAUGCUCCUACCAAUGACGAAGGCGCUGCUGAUGAAAGUGCUGCAACCAUGGUGGCAAUGAUGGCUGGCAGCAUCAUGUUCCUCUCGACUUUUGUCUGUUCGUGCUUUCUACUAUAA